AUGUCACGAAUAUUGUCAUCAUUGUUUCAGUACGCACCAAAAACACUACAACAGACAUGUUCAUCUCAGGCAAUCCCUAGAAGAAUGGUGUCCAGUUUUGACUACCUCAAAAGAAGCAAAAUUCCAACGUACCAUUUCCAGAAGAGCUUGCCUCGUCUUCCCAUCCCCAAACUGGAGGAUACGUGUCAACGCUACCUACUGUCUCAGAAAGCCUUACUUGAUGAGACUCAGUAUAAAUCAACAGAAGCAGCUGUGAAAUCAUUUCAAGAAAAAGAAGGACCAGAUUUGCAUGAUGAGCUUGUCAAACAAGAUAAAAGAAACAAACACACCAGUUAUAUAUCGGGAAUUUGGUUUGAUAUGUACCUGAAAGACCGACGUGCAACUGUACUGAAUCACAACCCUUUCAUGACAUUAGUCUACGAUCCCCGUCCAGAAUACAAUAAACAGCUUCUUCGGACAACAAAUAUCAUUGUUUCAAGUCUCCGUUUAAUGAAAACUCUUGAAGAAAAGGUCCUGGAACCAGACAUAUUCCAUUUAAACCCAAAGAAAAGUGACACAGAAACAUUUCGAAAAAUUGUCAGAUGGCUUCCUGAGGCUGUGUCAUGGUAUGGUGCUUACAUGUUUAAUGCAUAUCCACUGGACAUGAGCCAGUACAAAAGUCUCUUCAAAUCAACCAGAAUACCAAGACCAGAUAAGGAUGAGCUUGUUUCAUCUCCAGAUAGCCGCCAUUUGUUGGUAAUGAGAAAUGGACACUUUUAUACUUUUGAUGUUCUUAAUGAAAAUGGCAGCAUCAAACCAGCUAAUGAAAUCCUUGCUCAUCUGAAAUACAUUUCGGAAGAUUCCCGGCCUCCUGCUGAAUAUCCUGUUGGGGCCCUGAGCACAGAGACGAGAGACACGUGGGCAAAUAUCCGGCCACAUUUGUUGGCAUGUGGUAAUGAAGAAACUCUUAAAAUGGUGGACAGUGCUGUGUUUGUCAUCUCCUUAGAAUCUCAGUCACCACCGACAACAAUUGAAAUGAUUGAAACUUUUCUGCAUGGAGAUGGUGCAAACAGAUGGUUUGACAAAUCCUUCAAUCUGAUAAUACCUCCUGAUGGACGUUCCAGUCUCAACUUUGAACAUUCCUGGGGAGACGGUAUUGCUAUGCUCCGUUAUGCAAAUGAAAUGAUCAAGGAUUCAAAAGAAAGACCUGCCAUUCACCCUGACACACAAGCAUCGACUUCAGUUGACUCUUCCAAAUGUGUUCAGCAUCUUAAUUUCAAUUUAGACUCCAAAAUGAAAGAAGCCAUUAUAAAAGCCCAGGCCAGAUUUGAUGAGGCUACAAAAGCACUGGAUAAAGAUUUUCUAAGCUAUAAAAGGUUUAAUAAAUCUUAUGUAAAAGGAAAGAAACUCAGUCCAGACUCUGUGAUGCAGUUGGUAAUUCAGAUGGCCUAUUACAAAAUCACUUCAGGUGGGCGUGCUGCUACUUAUGAGUCAUGCAGCACUGCUGCUUUCAAACAUGGCCGCACAGAAACGGUAAGAUCAUGCACCUGGGCCACAAGGAAAGCUUGCGACACAAUUUUCAGUUCUUCAGCCUCUGUGGAGGAAAUGUUUGCUACCCUUCAAGAGUGUUCUAAAGUGCACUCUCAGUUAACUAAAGAAGCUGCCAUGGGCCAAGGUUUUGAUCGACACUUGCUUGCAUUAUAUAAAAUUGCGGAACAAAAGAGCGGGAAGUUGCCCAGCUUAUUUGCAGAUCCUCACUAUAAACUCAUCAACCACAUCAUCCUCUCUACCUCUACCCUCAGUAGUGCUGACUAUGAAUUUGGAGGAUUUGCACCGGUUGUUCCUAAUGGCUUUGGAAUUGGAUAUGUUAUUGAAGAUGAUCGAUUAGGUUACAACAUAACAGCAUACAAAGAUCAGCAAAAUUGCAGUGAUAUGAUUGCUGCCCUGAAAGAAAGUCUCAACAAUAUUCACGACAUCCUUGAAGGAAAGAAACCAUCUGAGCUUUGA